AUGGCAUCGUCCUGGGAAAAGAGAAUAUACAGCAAAGAACUUGAAUUUGUGGGACGCUACGGUCUAAUUUAUUACCAGAAGAAGGUUGAGGGCGAUGCCUGUGCUCUUGUUGCCAUUGCUAAUGCUCUCUCGCUGAUGAACAAGUUGGGCUCUACUUCAAAAGCAAAAACCAUGAACGACCUCAGAACCCUAGUGGCUGCACAAUUGAGGAUGGAUGCUUAA